GGUGGGUCUAGGGGCUGAGGGCAGGAUGGGAAGGAGCGGCUGGGCAGGGUGGGCCUCCUCUGGGAAGCCCCCAUCACCUUGGACAAGUCCCCCCACCCCAAGUUCUCUGCCCCUUUGAUUGCUUCCAGGCUGAGCCCUUGGUUGCCAGGGCAGCUCCUCCCCCCCAACUGGGCUGGAGGAGCAGGGGCAGGCCUGGGGACUGUGCUCCAUCCCCCCAAAUGUGGGAGCUUUGGGCCUCGGGGGCUCUUCCUGACUUCUUUCUCGUCCCCCAGCUUAGGGCGCCCCGAGAACAGCCUGAGGAGGGAGGAGCGAUGGCGUCGGUGCUCCUGGCAGCCCCGGCCCAGAAAUCUUUGACAUUCAAGGAUGUGGCUGUGGACUUCACCAAGGAGGAGUGGAGGCAACUGAACCCUUCUCAGAGAGAUAUGUAUAGGGAUGUGAUGCUGGAGAACUAUAAGAACCUAGUCUUUCUGGGGCUUUUAGGUUCUCAACCAGAUGUGAUCUCCCAGUUGGAGAAAGGUGAAGUGCCCUGGAUGCCUGAGGGAGAAAUAUCAAGAAAUCCUUCUCUAGAUUCUAUAAUUCAGAAUACUAGGCAUAAAGCCACAGAAUCAGUUCCGAAGUCUGCCGUUUCUCUGGGAGAAUCAUCCAAAGAAUUACUCAAAAAGGAUAGAUCUUGUAUUGCCAUAUUGGGAGAUGACUGGGAAUGUGAUGUCAGGUCACAGAGGCAGAAGGGUAACCAACAGAGAAAAUCUAAAAAAUUGACAGUCACCCAUGAAAGCAAUAUAUUUGGGGAAAAUGUCAGUUUGAAUUUAUUACCUAUUCCACAGCAGGGAGCUCCUACAGGGAAAAGUCUCCAUGGGUAUGGAGGAAAUGCAAAGACAUCCAAGCAAUAUCCAAACAUUAUUAAGGGUCACAAAAUCUCUGGAAAGAAACUUUCUAAAUCAAUUAAAUACAGGAAAUCUUUCAGUUACCAUUCAGAUCUUAUUCAGUAUCAUAGAAAACUUACUGGGAAAAAGACAUGUGAAUGUAGUGAGUGUGGGAAAGCCUUUAGCACCAGGUCAUCACUUAAAGGACAUCUGAGACUUCAUACUGGAGAGAGACCCUUUGUGUGCAGCGAGUGUGGGAAAGCCUUCAUUCAGAGGGCAAAACUGAAUGUACAUAAGAGAAUUCAUACCGGAGAGAAACCCUUUGUAUGUCAAGAGUGUGGAAAGGCUUUCAGAUAUUCAAUAAGUCUUACUGAACAUAAGAGAAUUCACACAGGAGAGAAACCAUUUGAAUGUAAAGAAUGUGGGAAAGUCUUCAGGCAGAGCUCAGCACUUAGGAGGCAUCAGAUAAUUCAUACUGGGGAAAAACCUUUUGUGUGUAAUCUUUGUGGAAAAGCCUUCAUAGAGAGUGGAAAACUUACUGCACAUAAGAGAAUUCACACAGGUGAGAAACCUUUUCAUUGUAAAGAAUGUGGGAAGACCUUUAGCUAUAUCUCAUCCCUUAGAGAUCAUUGUAGGUUUCAUACUGGAGAAAACCGACAUGAAUGUAAUGAAUGUGGCAAAUCUUUCAGUAGAAGCACAUCACUUAAAGGCCACCAAAAAAUUCAUACAGGUGAGAAACCCUAUGUGUGCAAUGAGUGUGGGAAAGCUUUCAUAGAGAAAGUAAGACUUACUGAACAUAAAAGAAUUCAUACUGGGGAGAAACCUUUUGAAUGUAAUGAAUGUGGAAAAGCUUUCAGUCACAGUUCGUCCCUUAGAUAUCAUCGGAGACUUCAUACUGGAGAAAAACGAUACAAAUGCAAUGAAUGUGGGAAAUGUUUCAGUGCAAGUUCAACACUUAGAAAGCAUCAGAGAACUCAUACUGGAGAGAAACCCUUUGCCUGUACAGAGUGCGGGAAAGCCUUCAUAGAGCGAGGGAGACUUACAGAACAUAUGAGGAUUCAUACUGGAGAGAAACCCUUUGAAUGUAAUGAAUGUGGAAAGGCCUUUAGCUAUACUACUAGUCUUACUGAACAUCAGAGAAUUCAUACAGGAGAGAAACCUUUUGAAUGUAGUGAAUGUGGGAAAGCUUUUAGCCAAAGCUCAACACUUAGGACACAUCAAUUAACACAUACUGGUGAGAAGUCCUUUGAAUGUAAUGAAUGUAAGAAAGCCUUCAGUAGCCGUUCAUCCUUGAAGCUUCAUUGGAGAAUUCAUACAGGAGAGAAAAAGUUUGAAUGUAGUGAAUGUGGAAAAUCCUUCAUCAGAAGCUCAUCUCUUAUGAAACACCAGAGGAUUCACACUGGAGAAAAACCAUUUGCAUGCAGUGAAUGUGGGAAAGCCUUUAUAGAAAGAGGAAGACUUAAUGAACAUAUGAGAAUUCAUACUGGAGAGAAACCCUUUGAAUGUCAUGAAUGUGGAAAAGCCUUUAGCUACAUAGCAAGUCUUACUGAACAUAAGAGAAUUCAUACUGGAGAGAAGCCCCUUGAAUGUAAUGUGUGUGGAAAAGCCUUCCGCCACAGGAUAGGUCUUACAGCUCAUAAGAGAAUUCACACAGAAGAAAAGCCUUUUGAAUGUAAAGAAUGUGGGAAAGCCUUCAGUAACAGUUCAAAUCUUAUGAUGCAUUGGAGACUUCAUACAGGAGAGAAACCCUUUAAAUGCAAUGAAUGUGGAAAAGCGUUCAGCAAUAGCUCAAAUCUUAGGACACAUCAAAGACUUCAUACUGGAGAGAAACCCUUUGAUUGCAAUCAGUGUGGGAAAGCCUUUAGAGAAAAGAGACAACUUACUCUACACAAGAGGAUUCAUACUGGAGAGAAACCUUAUGAAUGUAAUGAAUGUGGAAAAGCCUUCAGUUAUCCAACAAGUCUUACUGAACAUAAGAGGAUUCAUACUGGAGAGAAACCCUUAGAAUGUAAUGAAUGUGGGAAAACCUUCAGUCACAGUUCAUCUUUUAGGAAUCAUAAGAAAUGUCAUACUAAAGAAUAACAGCAUGAAAAAAAAAUGUGGGAAAUCUUUAGUGACAACUCAUUCCAUUUACCUGAAAAUUGAUAUUUUAGAGGAACCAUGGGAAAGUGAUAAAUGGGAACUUUUUCAGCAAAAAAGACCUCAGAAUUUACAGAUUCACAAAAACUAUAGAGAUUUAAGGGAAUUUAGGGAUCAUAAUCUUAUACCAGUAGAACAUAAAGUACUUGAGGGCAAGGACAAUUUUUUUUUUGUCUAGUUACCUGGCACCUACACAGUUUGUGGCAUGUAGUAGGUACUCAACAAAUACGGGACAUCUAAGCAAGAAUCUAUUACAUAAUACACUUGAAAAGUAAAUUGGAUUAGUUGCUUGAAAAUGACUGGCAGCCAGAGUAGGUAGACCUGACCAAGGUCUUUCCUUUCCACUCUAGCUAUAGAAUUCUGUAAUAAAAGAAUAUCUCUCAGGGACUCAGUUGGUACAAAUGAGAGGGUUAAGAUACCAACUAAUGUGGCAGAGAUAGUAACAUGGGCUUAAGAAAGCUUUUAUGCCUUUUUUUUUAAAUUUGAAAAAUAGAUGCCCAUGAAAUCAGAAUUGCAGGGAGUUCAAGGCCAUGAAUAUUCCCUGGAUUAAUGCCUGUUAAGAAUGUAAGGUGACUUGAUUGGAGAGAACCUAGAGUAUUUUUUUUCCUAUUGGUAACAGAAAAUGAGAGCUAAAAUUCAACAAUCCAAAGAUCUGUGGAAAUAAGAUUUUCCCCCAAAGAAUCUGGUUAACUUCUAAUGACUUUUAAGCGUAGUUUCACAGAUGCUGAAACUUUAAUACAGACUUGGAAAAAAAAGUAUCUAAAAUCAUCCUAAACAUAAAUAUUGGGGAUAUUUGUCUAAGAAUUACCUACUUGGGUAUCUGCCUCCUGGUAAAUGAUUAUUGCAGAUACUUUCUACGAUUCAGCAUUAAACCUGUUCUGUGUGUGUUGUGUUGUGACACAUGCAUCUGAGAUUGUAGUUCAAAUGUAUGUGUGAAUCAAUGUAUUAAGAAUUAAUCUAGUUUAGGAUUUAUUCUCCCUUUUUUUCUUACCAAGCUACUACCAAAUGCAAAAUACCUAGAAAGUUUCCAGUCUUCUAACUACAUAUGAGGAGGGAAGAUGGUGAACUACUUUGGGAAAAGAAAAUUUCCAGAAAGUCAAGACAUUUGGAACUGUAGACUCAGAAGUUGUAAAGGUUUAUUUCCUCAUGUCUGGUCACAUUUCUGCAAGCUGAGAACAGACAUUCCUACUUUUCCUGUCUAACCAGGAAUCCUAAACUCUUCAGCCAAAACAGUCCAGUUGGAACCUAAAAAAGGUAUUUUUAUUACUCAGUCUUAUCGUUAGUGUUUGCCAAAUGGCAGCAUCCAUUUCUCUUUAGUAUUUGAUCGCUAUGUAACUUGCUAUUGGAAACUUUUAUUGAAACUAAGUUCCUUAUAAAAAGUAGUUCUCCAGGGAGCCAGUUCUCAGUUUGAUGAACCAUGAUUUGUAUACUUCGUUGUAAAUCAAGUUGAAUUUAAUUAUAUGUUUAAUAAAUAUGCUUAAUAUUUUCAUACUUUUUUCAAAGAACAACUUGUUGGGAUGUGUUAUUGGAUGUAAUUUUCCAAAAUGUUCUGUUGUUAAAGAGAAAAGAUCCCAAGUUCAUAUGGCUUGGAAUAUGUAUUUUGCAAAAAAAAAAAGUGUAGUAAAAAGUGAGCUAUAGGAAUUCAGUUUCUAAAGAGAGAUUUUGGCCUUCAAAACUAAAUAGGCACAGACAGAAUAGCCUUUGCUUUGAAGCACUAAUAUUGGUAAGUCAUAUAUAAACAUAGCAAGCUUUGAAAUGUAGAAUUAGCAAGUAAGGAUACUUGACCGCAGAACAGAAUUUGAAAAGAGCAGAGAAAUUAAAUAGUGAACAAUACCAAGAUUAAGUAGGCUAAGGCCAUGAUAAAUAAGAAUAUAAAGAUAAGGAAUGAUUCUUUGUUUUCAUUGAUCUAGAACUUCAUAUGAAAAAAUUUACUAUAUCAGUACAGGUCAGCACUUAGCACCUACAGUUGCCUACAGUUCCAAGAAGUUAAAUGGUUUGGGGAAUGACGAAUUCACAGCCAGUAUUUUUGGAGGUGAAAUUUCAACUUGGAUAUUUCUGGUUCAGAGACUAGCUUUACCUACUUAGCUUUAUCCAGCCUAUCUAGAGAAGAUAAACUCCUUUUAAAAAGUGGACCAAUACAAAAACUUUGCCAUUUUACCAAAUAGCUUAAUUACUUGACAAUUGAAUCUUCGUGAAUUCUAAAGUUCUAUAUCAGACACGUUAUUGUUUUACCAUUCCCCCCCCCUCCAGUUUGAAGAAGACCUUUUCUGUAAUUACUAAGUAACAAAUGUUUAAGCUUUUAGGAUUCAACUUACCUAGGUUUUGAAUGAAUAUAUAAUAACCUUAAGUUACGGAGAGGUCUCCCAACCAGUGAGAAGGGAAGAAUGACUUUGUGGUCAAGGCUUCCUUUGAGGACAUCAAGAUCAGAGAACACCUCUUGGAAAUAGUGCAAAUAAUAAGGUUUGAAGAUAUGUGGACUGCCACGAAAACCUUAAAAUGAUGAUUUUGCAGUGAUGAGGAAAAAGUUGCUAACAUCAACCAGCACAAGGAUUGAAUGAUGACUUGAUUUGUCAUCAAUAGUGUUUUUUUCUGCCCAGAAAAGCCUGUUGUCCCUGUGGUCUGAAUUGAACAUGAUGAACUUUGAUUUGUUUCUUAAUAACCAGACUUCAGAUAUUGUCUUAAUAGUUGAACUUUACUUUGGCACAUCCUACAAUGCUAUUGUUUUACUGUAAAUAUUUGACUUGGAAUGUUUUACGGUCAUUGUGUGUCUUGUCCCCUAUGAAUGACAUCAAGGGUGAGAAAUCUAAAGAGAAAGAUAGAUUUAGGAAGGUAGACUGUCUAAUAGCUUUGAAGUGCGCAGACUACUUUAUAGACAUUCUCUUCUUUCAACCUCAGAACUUUGGGAGGGUUUUAUGCCAUGUUUUAUAGAUGAAGAAAUUGGCUAGCGUGUUAGACUUUGAGUUUGAGAGGUUAUGCCUCCCUGAUUUCUCUUGAACCCUCACUUAUAUUGUUUUAGAAUUGACACUAAGGAUCAGUUCCAAGGUAAAAGAGCAGUAAGGGAUGGGCAAUGCGGUGAAAUGACUUGCCCAGGGUUACACAACUAGGAAGUAUCUGAGGCCAGGUUUAAACCCAAGACCUCCCGCCUCUGGAACUAGUUUCCUAGCUCCUUUCAGAUGGUUUUCUUGUCAAAUGGAGAUGAUAUUGUCUGAGACAAUAUGCCACAGUGUUAUAGGGUUCUAAUAAGAUAAUGUGUGUAAAGCAGCAUAUCAAUGUCAGCUCCUUGAUGUGUGAUAAUUAAGUUCAUAAAACCAAUGCCAAUGUUUCAUCUUUCUUAAUUAUUAUAAACAGUGGAAUUGACUAUAAAAGGUGGAAACCACUAAAAAGGCUCUUUGCUCAAGACCCUGUUUUGGCUUUUGAAUUACAUAUUGCUUCAGAUCUCUGAGAAGGUGGCUCACUAUAUUAGGAGACGAGCUGAUGCUCAAAGCUAAUGGACAUGGUGAACAUUGAGGCAACAGCAAUUGGCCAAUGAAGGGAACAUAUCAGCAGAUUUCUUACUGAAGUGGUCAUGAAAGACAGUGAAAUUGUGGUAAUGGUUCAGAGUGGCACGUCAACUCUUGAACGCAUUCUUAGAAAGCAUGGGGCAGUGGCACAGACUGGUGGCAGGACUUAUGAAAACUCCAUGAUUUUUCUUCCUUGAUCAUCUGGAUAACUGUCACCUUGACUAUUUUACCCUUUAGUUAACAUGGAGAAGUAUUGCAUAAACUCACAUUUCCUAAACUAAAUUUUACCCAGGAUCAAGAACUAGGUCCAGAAAACUUGCACAAGGUCAGGGUAUUAUUUCUAGACCAAAACUUAGCAGAAUACAAUCAAUGUCACCCUAAGUGCCCCCUUUUCCCAUUCUCACAGUACAUGUUCUGGUCUUGAAUAUCUGCAAGGGCUCUGUGAUGGUCAGUAUUAUGUUAUUUAAAUGUGAAAUGGUUUAAAUAUCCUGAGCUAGGACAAAAAAAUGCUGUCAAGGGAUUGACUAUAGUGAACUCACCUUUGAGGUGAUGUAUCUUAAAUAAAAUAUCUUGGGAUCGUCUUAAGACACAUCUUAGGAAAAGAUAUAUAACAACAGAAGAGAUAAAGUUCACUCAAGCUGGCUGCAGCCCAGUUAUUCCUGAGUUGGAAAACCUUUUAUAGCAUAUGGAUAUCAGCUUUGUUGGAUCUGCUAUCUCAUCACUACAAAGUGUUUGGGUGGAUGACAGCCAGCCUUGUCCUAGAGCAAGGGUUCUUAACCUUUUUGGUAUCAUGGACUAUUUUGUAUUAUGGCAGCUUGGUGGAAAAGUACAUAGACCCUAGGACAAGAACACCUAGAGCAUUGAGGGUAGUCCCUCCCCUUUAUAAAUAUUUUAAGUUCUUCAGUUUUUAUGUAAAAUGUGAGAAACAGAGAAUAAAGGUCUUAAAUCUCGAGAAAGAGAUACUAGGACCUAAGAGAUGGAGCUUUGUGUUGAUUGUAUUCAAUGGCUGCUGGUGAUGUCCAUUUACUGGAAACCUCUUUAUUAUCAUUAUUGUUUUAAGUAAAAUUAUUUUGUUUUUAAAAA